CAUGUCUGGCCGGGAAGGUGGCAAGAAGAAGCCCCUGAAACAGCCCAAGAAGCAGGCCACGGAGAUGGACGAGGAAGAUGAGGCUUUCAAUCAGAAACAAAAGGAAGAACAGAAGAAACUCGAGGAGCUGAAAGUGAAGGCCGCAGGGAAGGGGCCCCUGGCCACAGGUGGAAUUAAGAAAUCUGGCAAAAAGUAA